CUCUCUCUGUAUAAUCUGGUGAAGUGGACCAUGGGUGGAUUAUCUCAGUCAGCUGUCUGAGCUCUGAUCAGGUUCACGUUCUCACCCUGGUCUCAGAGCUGAAGGGUUGUUGCUGUAUGUUCUGUACCUGUGUGUUCCUGAGUCUGGUGUUGUGGUGGGUUCUCACUGGUGUUUGAGGAAGUUGGAUCUGUUGCUCUCGUCUUCGUCCUCCAGACGGCUCCACUCCGCCCACAGCCAUGUCCGGCUCCUACGACGAAUCCGCCGCUGCCGAUGAGGCCAUGGACAGUUUCUGGGAGGUGGGGAACUACAAGCGUGCUGUGAAGAGAAUUGAUGAUGGCCAUCGACUCUGCAACGAUCUCAUGAACUGUCUUCAGGAACGUGCCAAGAUCGAGAAGGCCUACAGUCAGCAGCUCACUGAGUGGUCCAAGAGGUGGAGACAGCUGAUUGAGAAAGGGCCUCAGUACGGUUCUGUGGAACGAGGCUGGCUGGCUGUGAUGACGGAGGCGGAUAAAGUGAGUGAGCUCCAUCAGGAGGUGAAGAACGGCUUACUGAACGAGGACGUAGAGAAGGUGAAGAACUGGCAGAAAGACUCCUACCAUAAACAGAUGAUAGGCGGCUUCAAGGAGGCCAAAGAGGCAGAAGAAGGUUUCAAGAAAGCCCAGAAACCAUGGGCCAAGAAACUCAAAGAGAUGGAAACAGCUAAGAAGACGUACCACAUGGCCUGUAAGGAGGAGAAGCUGGCGGCGUCCCGUGAGGCGAACAGCAAGGCCGAGGCGUCUGUGACUCCGGACCAGCAAAAAAAACUGCACGAGAAAACGGAGAAGUGCAAACAGGACGUGCAGAAGGCGAAGGAGAAGUAUGAGAAGUCUCUGGACGAGUUAGCGAAGUGCCAGCCGCAGUACAUGGAGAGCAUGGAGCAGGUGUUCGAUCAGUGCCAGCAGCACGAGGUGAAGAGACUCAACUUCCUCAAAGAGGUUCUGCUGGACAUCAAGCGCCACCUCAACCUCACCGAGAACCAAAGCUACGCGACGGUUUACCGCGAGCUGGAGCGCAGCAUCCUCGCCGUCAACUCGCAGGAGGAUCUCAAGUGGUUCAGCAACAACCACGGCCCGGGCAUGCACAUGAACUGGCCCCAGUUUGAGGAGUACAACCCUGAUGCCACCAACGCCGUGGCCAAGAGAGAGAAGAAGAAGCCGGACGGAGCUGCUCCUGCCACGCCCAGUACGGAGCACGGGGGCCAACCCGGAGACCGCGGCAGCGUGAGCAGUUACGAUAAGAACCAGGCGUACUCCACAGAAUGGUCCGAUGAUGAACAGCCGGCCGGUUAUUCAGGAAACGAGACUAACGGCGGUGGGAACUCGUUCGAGGACGAACCGGUCAAAGGAGGAGUGCGGGUGCGAGCGCUGUACGAUUACGAUGGACAGGAACAAGACGAGCUCAGCUUCAAAGCAGGAGACGAGCUGAUGAAGAUCGAGGAGGAGGACGAUCAGGGCUGGUGUAGGGGACGCCUGGACAACGGACGGACGGGACUGUACCCCGCCAACUACGUGGAGGAAAUCUAAUGACGGAGGAAGUCAUAACGCUGCGUUAUACCGACCCGGCGCAGAGCCAGAGACUUCAGAGCGAUAUACACACACACACACACACACACACACACACCCUUCCCCAACAAAAUGUGCUAAGCAGUCUCGUCUAAACACAAACUAAAUAAUGUCUUAGUAAAGCUUCUAAACAUUUAUUCACACAGUAUAUAAGCCUGCGGUGUGUGACGGAGGGCGGAGCAUAUAUCUUAUGUACAGGAGCAUUUACUGCUGUAAUCUGUAUUAAUAUCACACACACACACACACACACACACACACACACACACACACACACACACGUACAACCAUAUGCAAGUUCAGGGAAACAUAUAGAAGUGUGUUUGAUAUGAAAACUGUGCGGCUCGCUGCUUCAUGUUCGCCAUAUCGAUAAAAUCUAUACGUUUUAGGGAAACUCUUUAUUUUGCAAUGUCACAGUGUGUGUGUGUGUGUGUGUGCAUGUGUGUGUGUAUGUGCAUGUUUCUGUGUGUGUGUGUGUGUGUGUGUGUGUGUGUGGCAGUACAGUUACAUGUCCACUGUUCUUGCAGUCAUGUUAAGAAAACGGGAAUAAACACACACGGACACGCAUGCACACACAGUGUGUUCAGACCAUUAUUCCUGUUUUCUGCCAUGCAAACACACAGCCAUGCAAACGAUAAGCUACUCCACUCAUCAAUUAUUAUUAAUAUUAUUAAUAUUAUCAUUAUUAUGGGUGCAGUUCUCAGAGUGGCCACAGGCUGAGGGGGGGCAGUGUUGAGACACACAGCUCUCGAACCUCAGCCCCAGGAAGUGGAGGAGCCUGAAACCUGAAACCUGAAGUGAUCUGUCUCUUACACCUGUUUAUUGUUCUGCGUUCACUCCAUCGCCGUUAUCGCUGUCAGCAUCUCGCUGUUGUAGCGUCACAGGCGGUUUAUUUGCGCUCGCGGGACUGAGGGAGCGUCGUGUGAGCACAUGACCUUUUUUUUAUCUAAAAUCGCCAUUUCCAUGUGAUGCAUCGGUUCACUCGGGUCUUACUUUACCUUGUAACGACGUGAACUUC